GGAAUCAGCAUUUUUGGUCACAACACUGGAAGGAAGUAAACAAUGACGUGUCCUCUACUGCGACGCUGCACCUGACCGGAGACAAGUCCUGCCAUUCCAAGGAGGCAAUGUAAGCAUUCCGGGGACAAACGUUGACGACAGCAGCACAUUAAGGAGGAACAACUUGAAAUUACCAUUAAGACCGCAGAGGAGCGGGGGGAGUGGAGUGGAGCGGAGCGGAGAGCGGGGCAGCUGGAACAGGACCAGGAGUGCUGUGUGGAGAGGAGUCAGGAGAGGAUCUGUAGGGAAUGCGGUCGCUCAACAAGUCAACGGGCCUCCAAGGCGGCGGCGGCGAGGAAGAGGCUGGCCUCAAUGGCAACUCCAGCGACUCCAUUUAUACCAUCAAGAAUCAGUGGAUAACCGACUGGAGCCUCCGUAAGGAACGCGAGAAGCUGUGCAGCAUCCUGUUCAAGCGAGUCCUUACCCAUGCCGAAUGCAAGCGUCUCCUGGAAGCAGCCAAGAUCUAUGGCGAGAGUAGUGACUUUAGCUCCUGGUCGGUGAAUGAUCAACUGCAAUGGUACCGCAACUUUGAUGCGAAUCACACCAACGUUCUGCUGGGUCUCAGGGAUAACUCCUCAACUGGCGGCAGUUCCACCCUGGCGGAGUCAAAUGGCGACUCGGAAAUCCUUGGUCCAGUUCUGCCGCCCUUUGCCCUGUGGCAGACAAUUCUCAUCGCCAUCUGUCUGGCUAUUUGCAUUAUCCUGACGGUGGGUGGUAAUAUUCUGGUACUCCUUGCCUUCAUUGUGGACAGGAACAUCAGGCAGCCAAGUAAUUACUUUAUUGCUUCACUGGCAGCCACGGAUAUGCUGAUAGGAACCGUUUCGAUGCCUUUUUAUACGAUAUAUGUGCUGAAAGGCUACUGGGAUCUGGGUCCAAUGCUAUGCGAUCUGUGGCUUUCUGUGGAUUAUACUGUAUGCCUGGUUUCCCAGUACACGGUUUUACUAAUCACCAUCGAUCGCUACUGUUCUGUGAAGAUUGCGGCAAAGUAUCGAAGCUGGAGAACGCGAACGAGGGUGAUCUAUAUGGUCACAAUCACGUGGAUUAUACCCGCCUUGCUCUUCUUCAUCUCGAUCUUUGGUUGGGAGCACUUUACCGGCAAAAGGGACCUUCUACCUGGUCAGUGUGCUGUGCAGUUUCUCAAAGAUCCCAUCUUCAAUACGGCCCUUAUCAUUGGUUACUACUGGACCACUCUAAUUGUGCUCUUUGUGCUUUACGCUGGAAUAUAUAAGACAGCCUACGAUAUGCAAAAACGUAGUGAGGCCAAACAGCGGAAGAUGCAAUCCAUGGUGGCUCUCAGUGCGGGAGCCAUGUCAGGGAUGGCGGGACAUGCAGCCGGCAUAGGAGUCAUUGAGGAGAAGAUACUAAAAACCAAGGUGGAGUUGGCCGGAGAUCAAACCGAUUUGGAUAGUGCCUGCACCACAGUAAUCAAGCGGUUAAGUGGUUCUGGACAGGCCAAUCCCCUGGCCACGGCCACGGAAGAGGUGGAGAAGAUGACCCCAGAACAGCGAAGGGCCUCGGCGGCCAAGAAGCGGGAGGCUGCCGUUGAGGCGGAGAAGAGUGAACGAUCCAGCAGUCCCGCCUUCGAUUCCGACGAAGAGUCCUCGGUGAACCAGGCCCAGCAGCUGAUCACCCAGCAGAAGCUAAACAACAUGAGGAAACGCUCCUCCAUUGGACUGGUGUUCGGUGCACAGGCUGCCCUGCUGGCCACCCGGAGCAAAGGUAACUUGCAGAAGAGCACCACCAACUCCAAGUCCAUCGAGGCCAUGCACCAGUACCACCAACACCACCAAAAUCAGCACCAACAGGGUGCCGGUUUGCAGCGGGCGCAGAGCAAGGAAGAGGUGCGCUCCGUGCACCACCAGAAACAGCACCAUUACCACCACCAGAACCAGCACCCGGCGAACCCACCGCUGGACCGGCCCAAGCGCACCUCCUGCUCCACAUUGUCCCAAAUAGCCGAGCAUGAUCGUUUGGUCGACCUGUCAGCCCCUGGCCAAGUUCCUCCAGUUUCCAGCUCCUGUGAUCCCCUGUCCCCCGUCGAUCUGGCACCGAUCGAGGUGCCCAGCGACGAGGUGCAUCCGGGUCUGGUGCAGACCAUCCUGCCGCCCCCCGAUGCCUUCCAGUGUCCCACUCCGCUGUCCGAUGACUACUCGGAUCGUCCCUUUGGCAACAGUUCGGGGAACAGUGAGUUGGCUUUGACCUAUGACCUGAUGACCAACUCGGAGCUUCGCUACAUGGACGAGAGUUCCGCCAUGCUGGCCAGUGUGUCGGCGGCGGCGGCGACGGCGACGGCGGGGAAUGCCAGCAUAUCGACAAACAACAGCAGUGUCCAAGGAAAGCCAUCACCUGUCCUGCCUCCACCACCGCCCGCACGCAGAAAUCCUCCGGCGAAACAAAUUCCCGGCCAGAUCCUCAGCCAAACCCCAAGCCAAAACCAGAGUCCCAGCCAGAGCAUGAGCCUGAGCCUCAACCUGAAUCCGAACCACAACCAGAGUCAGAAUCAGAGCCAAAGUUUGGAGGAGGCGGUGGCCAUUGAAAAACGUCUUCUCGUCUCGUACACAGGCAUCGAGGACUUUGCCAAGGUGAGGCGUGAGAGCUGCAUCGAGGCCAUCUGCCUGCUGGAUGUACCCGGGAAGCUAGUGGUGGAUUGCCCACACCGACGGGCCUCCAGUCCCAUGGAGACGAGCAGCAAGGAUGCCAUUCUAUAUUCCCCCAUGCCGCCACCUAUGUCACCGAAGGUGAAGACCCAAACGCCGACGCAGACGGGAACCCCGGCGACAGGUGCUCCCCAGCCGCAGCUGGAGCGGAUCGAGGAGCGAGAGACCUCGGAUAGCAAUACCAAUAAGAUGCCAUCCACAUCCGGCACCACCAGCAGUACGGGUGGCGUCUGUGGCACGGGUGUCAGCGGAGGUGACACCACCAAGCGAGAGCCCGAAGAGGAGGAUGCCCCCAUGGAGGAGAAGGGUCUGGCCGCCAGUCGUAACUCCAGCAAGCGGGCCUUUAUCCACUCCAUAGGAAAGCACUUUAAGAGCAAGAAGGCGCUGCCCUUGAUCAUUGGAGUGGGCGGCAGGCAGAAGUCCAAAUCGGAGAAUCGUGCCCGCAAAGCGUUCCGCACGAUCUCGUUCAUUUUGGGUUGCUUCGUGGCCUGCUGGACGCCGUACCAUGUCCUGGCCCUGGUCGAGGGUUUCUGCAGGAAUCCGCCCUGCACCAACGAACAUCUGUAUAUGUUCUCGUACUUCCUCUGCUAUGCCAAUAGCCCAAUGAAUCCCUUCUGCUAUGCCCUGGCCAAUCAGCAGUUCAAGAAGACCUUUACGCGUAUCCUCAAGGGGGAUCUGCACAUGACCUAAGCUGUUUAAGAGAAAGAGAGAUCUAGGAUGGUUAAGAUAGGCCAAUGGCUGAACCUAAGGAUCUUCUAAGAAAUUCCAUUUAGCAUUGCACUUUCCCACGUGCGAUCCAGGCCCUUGUGAGCCCCGAGAGCCUGGCGCCUUCAAUGAUCCCAACCCACAAAACCUUUCCCCUCUAGGCCCCUAAGUUUUCUAACCAAAGUGCUCCGCUAAAUGGAAUGAUCCUGGGAUCUUGGCCAUCGGCAAAUCAAGUAGAACCGAAGGACACUCGUUGAAUUCAAAAUUUAAUUGGUGCGAGAGAAAGGAGGUGUUAUUUGUAAGUAGCCAAAGGUGUGUGCUAUAUAGUUAGUAUCGU